UUGGUGAAGGAGACAAAAGGGUCUGAUAUGGACGUAGGCGGAAGCGAUAAUGGGGCUGAAAUGAUAAAUUCAUUAGAGGGAAAACUAGGGCAUGAGAAAGUAAAGAGCGAAGGGUCAUCGAAGAAAAUGCAAAAAGGAGAGGCUGAGGGUGGUGUCCGUGGUGGAGUUGAAUCAAACAAGAUUGAACAAGGAAAAUCAUAUUCAUAUAGCGACCUGUUUUUCUUCACAAACAUCACAAUACCUAUCUCUAGUCUACUGCAUUCAUUUUCGAAUUUGAAUUGGCUUGGGUUUUAUUAUUGUGAUGUUUGUGAGGAACAAAAGGUACUGAUAUGAAGCGAACGGCGAUGACGAGGACGCCACUUCUGGAAAUACAGCCACGGCCUGUUGAAGAACAACAUAAAUAUCGACAAUACAUUUAAUGUGAUUAACUUUGGAGCUAUUGGAGAUGGACAGAAAGAUGAUUCUAAGGUUUUCUUUUCAUUCUCUCUGCUCUCUGUGCUGCUAAUUUUAACUAGACAUUGUUUAGGAUUGAUGUUGCAGGCCUACUGAUAAUAUGUGCUUGGUCUAAUGGUGUGUAUGUAUUUUAGAUGUUUAAGCAUGCCUGGGAUGCUGCUUGUGAUUCUUCAGCUCCAUCACCAACCUUUCUUGUGCCUCGAGGGAAGACGUAUCUGCUGCAACCUUUAACUUUCAAUGGCAAACAUUGCAACUCUAAUAACAUUACUUUGCAGAUUGAUGGGAGAAUCAUAGCCCCAACCAAACCUUCUGCAUGGGACUGUGAAACAAAUUGUAACCAUUGGAUUGGCUUUGAAAAUUUCGAUGGUCUGCACAUUCAAGGAUCUGGUACCAUCAAUGGCCAGGGAGAUAAAUGGUGGAAACUUUCUUGCAAAGAUAACGAAAAGUCCUGUCAACAUCGGAAACCAACGGGAUUCAUGAUAGGACACUCCAAGAAUGUAGAUAUCAAAGGUUUAACCUUUGAAGACAGUCCACAAAUGCACAUUGCAUUCGAAAGCUCUACUUUGAUUCAUGCCACUGAACUUACAAUCCGAGCUCCGGGACACAGUCCCAACACUGACGGAAUUCACAUCCAACGUUCCACCAAUGUCUCUAUAGAUAAUUCAACCAUUCAAACCGGUGAUGAUUGCAUAUCAAUUGGCAAUGAAUCUAAAUACAUUAACAUUAGUAACAUCGAAUGCGGUCCAGGUCACGGAAUAAGCAUUGGGAGCCUUGGAAUUAUGGGAAAAACUGAGGAAGUUGAAUUUGUUCAUGUAAGAAAUGUUACAUUCCAUGGAACAACUAAUGGAGUUAGAAUCAAAACUUGGCAGGGAGGACACGGUCAUGCGAGGAACAUUAAAUUUGAAGAUAUAACUUCCCAUUCUUCGACUCGACCUAUUGUUAUCGAUCAGUAUUAUUGCCCCCAUAAACAAUGCAAGAACCAAACAUCAGCUGUGGAGAUCAGCAAUAUAGCUUAUGAAAAUAUCAACGGCACAUCACCUAAAGAAAUAGCAGUGCAGCUUUCAUGCAGUGAGUCUGUUCCAUGCAAAAAUAUCACCAUGAAAGACAUUAACUUGAUAUACGAGAAGCAUAAAGACAAAACGUCAUCGUAUUGUCUUAAUGCCCGUGGCUUGAGAAACGGAAGGGUCCAUCCAAGUGUAUCUUGUUUGCAAGAAGAAGAUAAUUUUUAGGCUUUUUUUCUUUUUUAAUGAGUUCAUAGUAUAUUGUUUAUAACAUGAUAAUUAUUUUUAGGUUUUUUUUUAAUUAGUAAAUAGUAUUUUUAGGUUUAAUGUAUCAUCUAUUAUCACAUAUAAUAAAAAUAUUAGUAUAGAUGAAGUUUUCACUAA